CUCGCUCCCGGACACCUGAGCUAAUCUAAACACUAUCUCGUUUAAUGGUUCCUAGAGUUAAUUGCUGUAUGCUGACAAAACCUACGUGUGUUUAAACGAAUGUACGUCGAAUUUUAAAUUUCUGUUUUAAAUUACUCGAAUAUUCAUCGUGAUUCCUAUUGGAAAUUCCCUGAAGUUCCAGUGCACUGAGAAGUGUUGCCAAGUAUAUUGUAUCAGAACCAAAUUGGCCAGACACCGUGGGGAGUAUAUAUGUUUAUCUCCUACAAAGCAUCCCUCGUGGAUUACUUUAUAAAGGAUCUCGAGGAGGGAAAGCUGAUGUUCCAGAAAUGCGGUGGUGAAAUCACGUGUAUAUCACGAGAGCUCCAUGAAAUUGAAGGCAAGUGGAAACGUGACAUGGUGAUAGCCGUGCUAUGGUUUCCGGACGUCGCACGUGCCCAGAAAUGGCUGAUAAAUGACCCGAUCGCGCAGAGUCCUGACUGGCUGGAAGGUGCAGAAAUAGUAGUACUGCCGAUUGCAAAGGAACCGCCCUCAGAGAAAAAGAUGUUCCUUUUCAUCGACCUAGAGAUUCAUGACGCAGCAAAAUUUCAUCAGUAUAUGGAGACGCUGCAGCCGAGUCUAGAGGACGUGGGCUGCACUCCCACCGUGGUGGUCACUCCUACCCCGGUUAACUCUCGUGGUGACCAAUGGGUCCCGCGGUUUGUAGUGGUCCAUCAGUGGGACAACAUGGAAAACUUCAACAAUUUCUACAAUUCUGAAGAAUAUCGACCAUUAAAAGACCUAAGACACAGCUGCGCACAGAGCAACAUGGUUUUAUUCUCCAACGACGUGUCCAUAGCAACGCAGGCCUCGCCAUCGUGACCUCUCUUCGAAAUUCUAGCCGUAUUUAUCAGACGUAUUUAUCAGGUUGCGCGCUGAACGAAGAUAAUGUAAGAGACUUCUAAUGGGCAGGAAGAAAGAUAAAUGUUAAUACUUUAUAAAGAUAUAAAUAUGAAAAUCUUUUCUUAAAAAACCUAUGGAGGUUGUGGUUGUUCACCUGCAACCCCCCCAGGUUGCCGACACACACGCCAUCGCGCAGGUGGCCUUUAACAAGCACAUGCUGACGCUAAUUGUGUUUGAAUUUUGUGACAUUUGGUGGAGUCUUUUUAAUGUUAUGGUCAUUUUUACCCAUGUGAAAAUCACUGUGAAACGUCAGAUUUCCGAAAUUUGAGGGUGUGCAUACUUUGAAUUUAAAUAAAUGGUAUA